UAACACAACCACUCGUCUCCAGGAGGACACGGAGGAAAGCACCUAACUUUCCAUUUUUCCUAAAGAUGUAUGAGAGUUUAUAUAGGCCUACAUUACUGAUUAUUGUGGAGUCCAUUUAAAGUGAAGGUAUUUAAGUCACAUGAGCAUAAUAACGUUAAAGUUCAGCCAAACUAACUGCUGCAUUGCUUUUAAAGAAAAGUAGUCUUUUUUUAAGACUUGGUGAUACCCGAGCUGAAAGCAGCCAGUAGCCGGUAGAGGGUGAUGGGCGAGCCGGGAUGAGUGUGCUGUGCGCAGGGCAUGGAGAGGCCAGUGCGCCUCUCCUCCAGGGGCUGUGGGAGUGUGUGAGAGCGGGCCAGGAGAAGAUCCUGCUCUCCCCUUACCUUCCUGCGCUCUACGGCUUUGUGAUUCACGUGCUGUUCUGCGCACCUUUCGUCGCGCUGGACGCGCUGGGAAGCGUCUGCCAGCGGGUCCGCUCGUGGAGGAUCACCGCAGGCUCGGGUCCGCCGCCGUCUCUCCGCCGGUGGGUUGGCUGUUUUUGGAGGGUGCUGUACCGAUACCUGACCACCGUCCUCCCCGCCACCGCGCUGUUUCACACGGUGCGGAGCCCCGCGAUGCCGGAGCUGGCUCCGUCCUGCUGGCAGUUCUUCGUGGAAGUCUUCGCGUGUCUCCUGCUGUUUGACACGCUCUUCUUCAUUUGGCACGUCUGCAUGCACAGGUUUCCCUGGCUCUACCGCAGCACCCACCAGCUGCACCACCAGCACCACGUCACCUUCGCCCUGGCUGCCCAGGACAGCACGGCGGCCGAGCUGCUGUCUCUGCUGCUGCUGGCCGUGAGCAGCGCCUGGGCGGUGGGCUGCCACCCGCUGAGCGAGGCCUUCUUCCACCUCACCAACAGCUGGCUGGCGGUGGAGGCCCACUGCGGCUACGAGCUGCCCCUGGCUCUGCACAGGCUGCUGCCCGGUCUGGGAGGAGCCCCCUGCCACCAAGCCCACCAUACUCGCCUCAGCGUCAACUACGCCCCCUACUUCACCCACUGGGACCUCCUCUUUGGCACAUUCCAUGCUCCAGUGAAGUGUCCACGUCCGGAGUGACAAAAACUUCCCUUGGCUUGUAGAAGACUUCAUCAUCAUCAUCAUUUUCACACCUGUGUCUAAAAUGUUAGAGCAGAUAAUAAAUACAAACACUCUAAUAGAUUAACCCUCCUGUUGUCCUCGGGUCAAAUUUGACCUGUUUUCAAAGUUUAUCCCGCAUAUAUAUAUAUUUAUAUAUAUAAACAUAUAUCUAUAUAUAUAUAUAUAUAUAUAUAUAUAGAUAGAUAUAUAUAUAUAUGUACAGACAUAAGACAUAUAUAUUAAUAUAUAUAUAUAAGAAAGGGAUUCAUUCAACCAAUUUGCCCAAAAAUAACACGGAUGUCCCAUAAACAAAACUGGGAUUAUCUAUCAACAUACCUUUCUUUGAUCUUGACUAUAAGUCAAAAUUAUUCAUAAUUUCCAGGGUUUUUUACUCAAAAUUGUAGGUAUAGUUUAAUAUAAAUUAGUUUUAUUCACCAUUUUAUCCAAAAGUAAUAUAAAUAAAAAACAACUACCUAAUAAACUGGAAUGAAGUUAAGAUGUUACCCAGAAUAAGAAGAUGUUACUCAGAAGUGGGUGAUAUGUUAGACUUUACGCUUCCUUUAUGUGCAGAAGAGAUGGACGCCUCAGGUUAAAGACAAAACUCCAGUCAUUAGCUGUGAGGACGUCGUUUGGUGGCAGCACGGUGUGGCUGCUGCACCAGGCCGCACAGCGCCAGGGAAGAGUCUGACCCGUCUGGUUCCAGCAGAGCUGUCACGAUGCAAUGACGGGGAUUUUCUGCUGAUUUUGGUGGUUGCUCGUCAUCUUUGGGUGUUGGACUGAUUAAACAAAGACAUUUAAAGACAUCACCUUGGACUUUUAAACUGGAAUGGACAUUUUUUGCUGUUUUCUGACAUUUUAAAGACCUACAAUUAAUCGAGAAGAUAAUCGGCAGAUGAAUCGAUAGAGAAAAUAAUGGUUAGUUGCAACCCUACACACACAGUUUACAGCAAACCGAACCGGCCAGGGCCCUUUCAGUCCCACACCCUACUGUAUUAAGACACAUUUUUAGAGUGCAAUUUAUAAUUUCAAUGAUUGAAAUCUGUAUAAUCCCUUAACAAGACUAGACACUCUGUUCAUUCCUUGUCAAUGAUCUCAGAAUUCACAAAGUUGAUGGACAAGCAUCGUGUUCAGGUCAAUGUGAAACCAACAACGGCAUUUUAGCAUAUGUACAUAUGCAUAGAUAUGUACAGCUGCUCUGUACCUUGAAUGCAGCACGAGAUGAGGGGAGCGUGAGGAUGACACAAUAAACCAGGACAAUCACACAAUGAACAAAUGCUUGAAAUAAUGUGCACUGACAUGGUUUUUUGGCAGAUAAUACAUGACUUAUGGUUUUGAUCAAUGCGUGUAGUGUAGGUGUAGUUAAAAGCAAAAUGUGAGUGGAUGUCGGCUGAUAUUUCCUCAUGCCAAGUUACAAACUGGUGAAAGGGAACUCUCAAAUAGGACAAAGUAUUUCUUUAAUGCCACUAAAUGACCAGCCUGUCAUUUAUUAGGAAGGGUAAAGUAAGUCUUUAAAAGUAGAUAUUUCAGUGAAACUGUCUACAAUGUAAGAAUAAUGUAAAUAUUUCAGGUGAACGUUCCUUUUGGAGCCCAAACUGUUGUUUAAUUUGUACCAUGUUUUCGGCGUGUAUAUACAGUAUACAGUAUGUUUGAUGUAUGUACAUAUUGCGUUAUAAUCAGUGCUGCGGUGUUCUGGUGAUUGUCUCCACUUUGGGUUUGUGUUGUGCUGCUGUGGUUCGUCCUUUUCAUUCCCGGGGCCUCGCAUCUGUCUACUUACUGUAAACUGGUCCCAGGUGGAUUUGACUGAUUAAUCCAAACCACAUGUCAAGCCUCUUAGUCAGUUUUCACAGUUGGAACUAUUUUAGAUUUUUUUUACAUGUCAAUGUUCUUUUAGACGGCACAUUAGUGCUUCUUUGUACAGCCAGAUUGGUAUAAUGUCAGUGUUGACUAAAAGUGAAACUAAAAGGGAAAUAAUAUUGUUGGCAGACUGAAACUGAAUAAAAACUAAAGUCACAAUCUAAGAUGACAUUGCCUGGUUAAAAAACUAAAAUAGAAUAGAUAAAAAUGUAUGUAAAUGAAUUAAUUUCUGUUUUAGUAAUUUAGUUUUAUCACUGGAUAAAGGAGACAGCACAAAUUUUGGUCAACUUCAACUUUCAUGACAUUUAAACACACUUCUGUUCAUUUCAGUCAAACAAGACUUUGUUGUGAGUUGCACAUGUGCAGUAGCUAGGUAAGGACUACUAGCCAGUCAGAAGCAGAGUAUGAGGGCCCUGACAGUACCUAGGUAAGGACUAUUAGCCAGUCAGAAGCAGAGUAUGAGGGCCCUGACAGCCCCUAGGUAAGGACACAGUGCAGCUGGAUACUUUACAAAAGAAAACCAAUUUCAAAAUAAAACACCCAGGUUUAUGGUGAUCCUGGCUGUCUUGACUUCUUAGGUGUGACUGCAGCGAGACACGCAAUCAGGAGAUAGAGAGACCAAUGGACGGACAUACAGACACACACACACACGCGGAGAGAGGAAGAGAGACAUGUAAUAUCCUUGGAAGUUCCUGUUAGAAUGCUGUUUGCCAACGGAAACGUAACCUGUGAAAUAAAGGGUCGGGGUCAUGCUAACGCUGAGUGAGUGCUUCGUAGCAUUAAAAUGGCGCCAGAGGAGCUCCGCUUAGAGAGGACAGGCUUACCCAGUAUCUUCUGUUAAUUCAAAGAUAACAGUGAACAUCACAAGACAGAGAGAGAGAGAGAGAGAGAGGCUUUGUGAAUGAGAAUGGCCAGGUGGGACCAGGCUUCAGGAUCUCCACUUCACGGCUGCGUUGUGUUUUCACUGCUAUCCCGCAGCAGUCAUUGUGGUGCAUGGGCUACAGUAAUAAAUAUGUUCAAAACAGAGAAAUUAAAGAGCUUUACUUUGUGUAGCUAUGGUGGAACAAACAAAGGCUCAGAACAGCCUGAAUAAUCCAACUUUCUAGGCCUCCAGUACAUUUUCUCAGUAAUGUUGUACUCUGUGUAUUUUCUGAGAGUCUCUGGUGAGGGAAAGUCAUUACUUUGUUAAUGAAGAAUGACACUUGUACCAAUUUGUGCUGUGUCUUGAAGUGAACACAUCGUUCUGAGGAGUUGUUCUAGUCAUCAUGCAGUCUGAGCUACAUGGACAUCUGGUUUUCAUUGGGUGCUCUGCUGAGCCGGCUUUUUGCUGUUUCGCAACAUCAGAGUCAAAUGCAAAUUGUUAAAAGGUGUUUGAACAUUCGGAGGAACUGUUGCACAUGGUGAGAAAGUGUUGUGCAAGGUGAGUUUUCUAUGGGAAACUAAGGGAUUUCAGCAGAGUUUGUGGGGGGGGACUGAAAUGGGUAAUUGCAUUGUUCCAAAAAUGAGUGUAACAAUUAC